AAGUAACACACAACAAAAGCACGUGAACAAAAAGGCAACUCAGGUCUCCUCGACUCUUCUUUCACACUCUAGAAAUCUCAAAAUUUCACACACUCACUCUCUCUCUGUUCUUCAUUCAUUGUGGAAAAAGUACGAAUCAAUCGUUUCAAAGAAAGGAAGUGAAAAUGAAAGAAGGAAAAGGUUCAAGUUUAGUGUAUCUGCUAGUUGUGCUUCUCUGCUUAGCUGCCUUUGCUUUCGCCAUUGCCGCCGAACGCCGCCGCAGCCGUGGUAAUGUUAUACAAGAUGAAGCCACCAAUACGACAUACUGUGCUUACAGUUCAGAUGUUGCUACUGGAUAUGGGGUCGGUGGAUUCCUGUUUCUUCUUUCAAGCGAAUCACUGCUUAUGGGUGUGACAAAGUGCAUGUGCUUCGGAAGGCCUUUGGCACCUGGAAACAGUCGAGCAUGGACCAUCAUAUAUUUUUUCUCAUCAUGGUUAACAUUUCUGGUUGCAGAGGCUUGCCUACUUGCAGGAGCAACCAAGAAUGCUUACCAUACCAAGUACCGUCAUAUGAUUUAUGCACAGAACUUCUCAUGUGAGUCUUUGCGUAAAGGUGUUUUUAUUGCUGGAGCUGUGUUUGUCAUUGUCAACAUGGUCCUGAAUGUGUAUUACUAUAUAUACUUUGCCAAAGCUACAAGCUCGCAGACAGAUUCUAUGAAGGCAAAUCGCUCCAGCUCUACUGUGGGAAUGACUGGGUAUAGAUAAGUUACUAAAAGUAUUUUAGGGGUGAAACCACUUUUAAGAGUUGUGCAUCUUCACUCUUGAAGUCAAAACUAUAGAGUAUUUAAGUGUAUCAGAUGAACUCUGGCCUGUCUAUAAUAGGGUGCAAUCUACAAAUCAGUUUUAGCAUUUAGUUUGAGCUUAUGAGUGCUCAUAUUUUCCCGUAAGUAUUGUUUAGCUACUCUCUUUUUGUGAUUAAAAUGAAGUAACGGAAAAGGGGUGUAUCGUGAAUGUUAUAUUAAAAGAAAUGGUCUUACGCGUGA